UCUGCCCUGUGGCGAAGCCGAGGCGUAACAUUUUGAAAGGUUUGAGUCCCGCACACAUCGGGCUCACACCGCGGAGAUGACUGUCAGCGCGUGAAGGGAGGAAAUCACGCACGUUUAAAGUACAAGACUCAAAGUUUUCCCUCUGGAAGGAGCCGUUGGAGUAAACACUGCAGGGAGCCAUUCAACGGAGACCUCCCAUGCAAAGGCUCCAUGGCAUAAAUCCUGUCCUCACAUCCAGCUACUCCCGGGGGAAAGCUGUUGAGAAGCCCACUGCUCUGACGCCCUGCUGUCAUUUUCCACAGCCUGAGGGGAAGCAGGAAGUAGCCGGCAGGAGCCAUGCCUGCCCUGGCCACCGGAGCCGGCCACGAGCCAGGCCUUUAUGAGCUGCUGGCAGCUUUGCCCUCCCAGCUGCAGCCCCAUAUCAGCCGCCCAGAGGACAACACCUUCCUCCAGGACAUGUUCGGGGAGAGGAGCCUCCACUCGCUGGUCAAGAUCCACGAACAGCUGCAGCACUUCGAAAAGAGCAAACCCGUCCCCGUUCAGGACAACGCAGCAAUACUGGCCCAUGAAUUGUCUGAGGAGCUGGAAGGGAAAUCGGCCAAUGAAGAAAUUAAAGAGCUUCUCAAACUACUGACCAAACUCCACAUCGAGAGCCUUCUGAAAGUCCACGAUACAGUUGCCCUGAAGAAUUACGACCCCGAACUACCUCCACUACCUGAAGACAUUGACGAUGAUGAGGAUUCAGUUAAAAUCAUCAGACUGGUUAAAAACAAGGAGCCUCUUGGAGCAACAAUAAUGCGUGACGAUCACACAGGCGCAAUCCUCGUUGCCCGGAUCAUGAGAGGAGGGGCUGCCGACAGAAGCGGACUGAUUCAUGUUGGAGAUGAACUGAAGGAGGUCAAUGGAAUCCCUGUAGAUGACAAGAAACCAGAGGAAGUCAUUCGUAUUCUGGCCCAGUCCCAAGGAGCCAUUACCUUUAAAGUUGUUCCCGCUUUGAAGGACGAGGCGCCAACCAAGGAGCCAAAGGUGUUUGUGAAGGCACUCUUUGACUACGACCCUAAGAAUGACAACGCCAUCCCAUGUAAAGAGGCUGGACUCGCCUUCAAGAAGGGCACCAUCCUUCAGAUCAUGAGCCAAGAUGAUGCAACGUGGUGGCAGGCGAAAUUUGAGGGUGACGCUAACCCCCGUGCGGGCUUAAUCCCGUCCAAACAGUUCCAGGAAAGGAGAUUUGCACUACGACGACCUGUUGCAACUCUCCCAUUCCAGAGGACCUCGAGCAGACGAUCAUCUGGGUUCAGGAGAAGUUUUCGUCUCAGCAGGAGAGACAAGAAGAAGACCAACAAGUCCAUGUACGAGUGCAACAAGAGCGAGAUAUACGACACAGCCGACGUGCCCACGUACGAGGAGGUCGCUCCGUACAGCAGGCAGAGUGGAGCAAAACACAGGCUGGUUGUCCUAGUUGGACCUUCAAGUGUCGGUCUGAACGAGCUGAAGAGGAAACUGUUGAUCUCUGACCCGCAGCACUUCAGUGUGACUAUCCCACACACGAGUCGGGCCAAGAAGAACCAGGAGAGCGACGGCGUGGAGUACCACUUCAUCUCCAAGAGUCUUUUCGAGACGGACAUACAGAACAACAAGUUCAUCGAAUUCGGCGAAUACAAAGGCAAUUAUUAUGGGACAAGCUUGGACUCAAUACGCUCCGUCCUCUCCAAGAACAAAGUGUGCCUAUUGGACGUCCAGCCUCAUAUGAUAAAGCACCUGCGGACGGCCGAGUUCAAACCCUUUGUCGUGUUCGUGAAGCCUCCGACGAUUGAGAAGUUGAGAGAGACCAGAAAGAACAGCAGGGUCAUAUCAAGCAAAGACGACAAGGGAUCCGCCAAGCCCUUCACGGAGGAGGACUUUGAGGAGAUGGUGAACACGGCCCAGUCCAUUGAGCUUCAGCAUGGUCACCUGUUCGAGAAGGUCAUAGUGAACGAUGACCUCUCGACGGCCUUCGGCGAGCUGCGGUUGGCACUAAAGAAAGUUGAGAUGGAGACUCACUGGGUUCCAGUCAGCUGGACUCACUCCUGAGACCCAGAAUUUCUGUAAAAGGGAGAAAAGGGAAGGGGCUUCGACAAGAAUGAGCAGAUUUUUGUCUUUUUUAUAUCAGGUAUGUGGGAGGGGUAAAAGGAAUAAAACAAGACUCCAGACGGUUGUACCUGUGGUGCACGAGGCUAAAAAUAAGUUGCCGCCUUCAUGGAUUCAGGUUGGAUUUAGAUCUCAGCUGCGGUCUGGACACAAAUCUCCAGGUCUGACCAGAUCUGACGUGGUUGCGGUUGCGGGAGUCCGUCCAGAAUAUGGGCCUUGGACACCGAACUGGAACCCAGUUCGGGUCAUACAGCCAUGGCCAUGAGUUGGAGCCCUUCGUUCCAAACCAGAAUGUGGAACGAGCCUGGAUCAUCAUAGCACCAGCAGUCCUGCCAGCACAUCAGCGACGCCGCCAACCACGGCGGCUUUUUCAGUGUGUUUAUUACAUUAGACCAUUAGAAACCAAAGGGAUUGACAGAUUUCUUCUCAGCGGACAACUUACAUGUAUAUGUCUGUAAGAGAACACGACCUCUGAGGGGGAAACGGGAGAAAAGAAAACAUACUUGCCUUCUGUCUUACUAUACGUCUGUGCUUCUAAAAUGCUUCCAUGACUGUUACUCCAAACAAAACAUUGUCAGGUACACUCGCAAGAAAGGGCAAUAAGUGUAAUUUAAUUUAAGAGAAAUUAAUAUAUUUUCUAAUAUCAAUUUUUUUGCAUAUCUUUUAUAAACAUAUCUCGACUUUUAGAGAAUCCUGUUUCUUAAUGGCAGCCUCGUCCUGACAGCUCUUUACUCUAGAGGCAUCUCUUCUUUCAGUCAAGUGUUUUGAUUUCAUCACCCUAGUCUAGUUUUCCACCUACAAAGCACUGAAAGAGCUAUUUUAUUUUGGUGUUAUAUAUUCCAUUUAGGAGCAUUUUGAAAAGCCACCCUUCAUAUGAAGGUGCCCAGCAUAACAGCUUUGCCGUUUAAAGUCCCAGACCUGGACACUCUUGGCCGUCUCCUAGAAGAAAUUGUUCACCAUUCUGUUUUAUUAGGGUGGGGGCUCUAUUUUUAUUCACAUAAAAAUGGCUUCAGCGUAGCUGCUAAUGGUGGGCCCAUAGCGCACUUCCAGGAUUUUAAUUUUAGAGUAAUGCUAAGUAACCGCUUCUGACUUUAUGAGCAUUAGAUGUUUAUUGUAAAUUUGAGUCUCCCAUUCCCCGUCUAACUUACUCAUAUUUUCUACUCAGUGCUUUUUCCUUUUUUUUUUUGCUUCUAUCAUAGUAAUACUUUUCUCUAAUGUCUAAGAGACUGAAUAUAAAAGAAGCUAGUGGUCAAUCAUGGCUCUGAUAUUAGCAUUAGCAUUAUUACAGCUCUUGUAGAUCAUUGUUUGUUAAUAAUGUUGUGAAAACCUGUGUAAGAAAUUUAUUUUAAAGAUUAUAAGGGCAACAAUGCAUACAUCCAAUACAUGUACUAUAUGUGGGGCUAGCUUAUUGUUGCUGGAAACAUCUAGCGUGACUCUUCAAUGUUAAAAACAUGGCCACUGAUUCUUCUUAAUAUGUGUUUUUUUAUGAACUUGUUUUUCUUUGUGAACAGGAUACAGGCUAAUUUUUCAGAUUUAGAGAUACUGAUGAAAAUACGUUUAAACUUCCCCACUGCCUCUCAGAUACUCCGGACUCAUGUCAGAGUGCUAUCAGUCGAACGAAGAAAGCAUUGAGCCAAUUUCCUACAUUGUCAAACUAUUCCCUAUAGUUCUAAAAUUGGCUAAUAUACAUUAGGUCUAUUUCAAGUUGUAAUCCCCCAAAUCAUGUUCAUAUGCUUUUAUUUUACCUUUUUACUACUGACUACAAUAUUGAUGUGUUUGAUUUCUCCAUUUCACAAAGGGUAAUGAGGGUAUCUGCUCUUCAGGAUGAUAAUACAUGUUUUAAAGGGACUGCUUGGCAUCUUGUUUCUGUUGUUUUUAGUUUUUCCCAUUUAUUAUGUUUUUUUUUUUCUAUUUGUUCAUCUCUUUAUAUCUGAACCACCCGCCAUCAGUUGUAUUGCUCCAAAUCAGAUUUGUACAUUCUCCAGAAUAUAUUUUUAAUUUCUUGCUGUAAAUGAAAUGCUGUUCUUGAUAACUGCUGCAUUUUAUAUUAAAGGAGAUCCAACUAAA